AUGCAGAGCCCAAGUCGCAGCGUGUCGGGUCGUGGCGGUGCUGAUGUUGGGAUGAACGACCAGCCUGAGUCGCUACAGGGACCGGCCAGGAGAGGAGAGGAUGGGAGGCGGGCACUGAGAUACCAGAUGCACAAAACCACGCACUUGCCCAGCGCCGACUUGUAUUACUUCUAUAAUACCUCUCAGGGCGUGGAGAUAUCACUGUACAUCCGUGUACCUGCUGGGAGGAAGAAAGCUAUAGACGUCGGCGCUGGGGCGUGGCAAGGGCGAGGAACGAGGGGGGGAGGUUACAGUGGGGGGAAGGAGAGCCUGAGAGAAGCGAGAACGGAUCGUCAUAAUGUCGGAGUCAAAGUGGGAGUCGGCAACAUUGGGCUCAUGCACUACGCCCCGGCCCUUCUAACAUCGACCCCACCCCUUCAGCUCCAUCGGUCAUCGUGCAACAUGUGCAGGUGCUCGCUUGCUCGCAAUCGCCUGCAGCCCACUUCGACCUCCUCCGACAUCGCGCCGACCUACCCAUCUCUCGAGUUACUUCUGCCACGACUAGCUCAUGCCAAGCUUCCUCUAGGACUUUCGCACUCGCUCGUGCGCACGCUGGUCCCGUAUCCUAAGCAUUCAUCGACACCUCUCGUUGGAUCCGCGUGA